GAUCGGUAAAGAGGAAGAAGAAAAGGAACUUGCUCGCGGCUAACUACUUUAGCAAUCUUUUGGUAAUGGCGCCUUUAGACCUUGAUAAGUACGUUGAAAUAGCAAGACACUGCAAAUACCUGCCGGAAAAUGAUCUAAAGAGAUUAUGCGAUUAUGUUUGUGAUUUACUGCUGGAAGAAUCAAACGUUCAGCCAGUCUCAACUCCAGUUACUGUUUGUGGGGAUAUUCAUGGUCAGUUUUAUGAUCUUUGUGAGCUCUUCAGAACUGGAGGCCAAGUUCCAGACACAAAUUACAUUUUCAUGGGGGACUUUGUAGACAGAGGAUAUUAUAGCUUGGAGACAUUUACACACCUUCUAGCUUUAAAGGCAAAGUGGCCGGAUCGUAUCACACUUCUACGUGGAAACCAUGAAAGCAGACAAAUAACACAAGUGUACGGCUUUUACGAUGAGUGCCAAACAAAAUAUGGAAACGCGAACGCCUGGCGGUAUUGUACGAAAGUGUUUGACAUGCUGACUGUGGCAGCUCUGAUAGAUGAGCAGGUCCUGUGUGUCCAUGGUGGUCUUUCACCUGACAUCAAGACUUUGGACCAGAUUCGCACCAUUGAACGCAACCAGGAGAUUCCCCACAAGGGGGCCUUCUGUGAUCUUGUGUGGUCAGAUCCGGAGGAUGUGGACACCUGGGCUAUCAGUCCACGAGGUGCAGGCUGGCUGUUUGGCUCCAAGGUUACUAAUGAGUUUGUUCACAUCAACAACUUGAAGCUCAUCUGCCGUGCACAUCAGCUGGUUCACGAAGGCUACAAGUUCAUGUUUGACGAGAAGCUUGUGACCGUGUGGUCGGCGCCCAACUACUGCUACCGCUGUGGAAACAUCGCCUCCAUCAUGGUCUUCAAGGACGUCAACAGACGAGAGCCCAAGCUGUUCCGCGCCGUCCCUGACUCCGAACGCGUCAUACCUCCCCGAACAACCACCCCUUACUUCCUUUAAUGACAAGAGCCAGUUCUGUUUCCUCUCCACCUUCUGGAGAUCUCGUCUCUCAAACCUAUUUAUAUGCAACAUGUUUUAAGAAGUUGAUGGGAGUGACAUCCCUUUCAGGUGUACUGCAUCUCGUGCAGCAAAGGGUUUCCUGCAGGGCUGCAGUCUGUCUGCACCACAGUCACAUUGUUCUCUCCUAAAGGAACAAACAUCCCCUUCUGUCCCCAAUGAGAAGCUGAAAAUUUCUUCCUAUUUUGUUGAUAAGAAAAUGUUAAAUGGCUUAAAUAUGAUUUUAUGUAACCCACUAAAGCAAAUAAAACAUUUAAACUAAAUGGUAGCUGCCAAUAAUCCAUGUUCAAAUAAAAGAGCUAUAUUUCUUGAAGUAUCACUGAAGCAGUUAGAUCUACUGGCAGCUUUUUGAAAGGCAAGGUUUCUCUUCUAUUUCUGGAAUUAGGAAAUAGACUUGUCAGUCAUUUCAUAGUUUCUUGUUGAAACACCUCAGACCCUCUGUAUGAACAGCUGCUGGGCCCAUCCUCCAGCAUUCUGCCUUCACCUUGGGUUUUCUUUUUAAGCCUCAUUUUUUGACUUUCUCUGUAAUUUAUUGUUUUUUAAGUGGCUUGUGUAACUGCAGACACUAUUUUAAUGGCAAACAUCCACAAGUGUCUGUCUUCAACUGGCAUUUACUUCUGCCUUUUCUCAUCACUGUGUUGAUAGAUUGUUGCUGCAACAGUGGCUUUUAUAAGCAAUAUCGUUUAAAUUUGAAAAUAAAUUUUCCAGUGCAAGUGUGUUUUCUUCCGUAGCUCAGCUCAGUAGUU